CUUAAUUGGAGAAUAAGUGUCAAAGGAUCAUGUUUGUAAGCAAUCGGCUUUUUGUCUUGGGAGUGUUUCUCAUGGCCAUGGCCAUUGAGCAAGGCCAUUGUUUCUUUUGGGGUACACGAUGGGAGCGAAGUUUCUUUGUUCCAGGGCUUUCCACCACCAAUAAUAAUGACGAUUGCCGCCGUGAAGCCAUUGGGAACAACGCUCCAGCAGUGAUCUGGGGCGACUUCAGACAGCAUCAAGGCUUCCUCUCGAAUGUGGGUCUGAACAAUCCGUUCAGCGUUUGCGAGGUUUUGGUCCAAAGAAGGCAUGGGUUAUUUGUAAGAUUUGUGCGAACCAGUUACAGCCUUUUUCGUGGUACAGUGGGCAGUCUUUUCCGGGCAAUAAUUGCUUGAAACCCUUGUGAUUGAACAAAGAUAAUUCACCAUCAUGUCUUGUUCAAAUAUGGGCUAAAUGUCCGUUUUUGAACUAUUAAAGUAUUCCAUAGGAAGGACAACAAUAAAAAGAAGAAAUUGGCUAGCA